AUGGGCAUGGCGACUGGUAACUCAAUAUACGCUGCGGAAUGCCUCCUACAAGACCCAAGCAGGCUAGAUCGUUCAGGUAUCAGUCAAUUUCAGGGGAUCCGUCGAAUUAUUGGAAGUCUCGGCGAACCGGGUAUCGUGUUCCUAGUGCCACCCCCUUCUCCCAGGCGGGAACGACUGGACAGUGUGCAGCAUCGAGUCGUCCGGCAUGACGCCUUCGAUGGACAAUUGGUGAACCAUUUCGAGCAAACCUCCCUACACCUAAAACUUACGGCUUUGAAGAUACCACUGGUUACCGCUCAGGGCGCGAUCGACGCAGACAUAGUGAUUUGCGAAGCCCUUGUCCGCGUCUUCGACGGGCCCCGUUGGAUGGCAGACCUGGACAUCGUGCGGGGCUUCGAAGACCUGAACUUGACGAUUCUGCCUGGGUGCACAUGCUCGGGCCGCGAGGACUGGGAUGGACUAGGAGCCCAGCUCUCGGAAACUCUUGGCGAAAAGCUGCGUUCGAUCUCGCGGUGGGAGGAGUUAUUCCUUUGCCAAGAAAACCUCCUACCGGACGAAAUCGGUUGCGUGCGGUCCUCUGGCAACUGGUUUGCUCGCCUGGCUGCAAUGUCGCUCGCGCUAUCAACGGGAUGUCCUACCUCAGUUUUCCCACCUGGCAGCAUUUGUCGGGAUUGCGGGACCAAAUUAUUGUCCUGGAGACCAAGAAGCACGAAGUUGUGUCCCGUCGAGCUGAACCUUUUGAUUGUGUGA